GGUUCACUUAUUUUAUAACGACGAAAUGGUCCUACAGAGUUGUCGGUGUGGUGCAAAGUCCUGUGUGUAGAGCGUAGCAACGGGAAAAAUGGUGUUAAGAUCCCGGGUCGAGUGGGAGGUCCUUGGCGCUGAUUGGCUGGCGGCUCCCUCGAGCUGCUCCUCGACCAAUGAGGACGAGGCGCCACACUUUCCUUUCACCCAGCGCCAUAUUAAGUGACACCUGCACCCCUCCACUCUUCCCCUGUGCCCUCCUGCCCCGCCACAAACAUUGUUAAGGAUAUUUCCUGCGAGUUAUCCUCCCCCCGAGCUGCCUGAGUGUGUGUGGCUUGUUGUGCUGCAGGUCCCUUCGAGGGGCAAGUCCUUCGGGUCAAGGAUAAGGAAAGUCCCGCCUCAGGAUGAGGCAAGACCGCCCGCGGCCCUCCCCAGCUGGCGCCAGAGGAGGCUCGAGCGGCAGCCAGUGCCAGGUGGAGGCCUGAGGGUUGAGGCCUUGUGAGGUGAACCUCGUGUGGAGUAUGGAGGAGCCCGGGGCCGAGCGGUCGUCCUCGCCCUCGGGCAGCGAGGACAGUGAGGGUGAGAGCAAGCACGGAGAUACUGUGGAGAACGGGAGAGAGUCAGAGGAAGAGCAGGAGGAACACAGCAAGGGAGAGGCCGAGGACUCCUCUUCCUCAGACAGUGAUGGCAGUGGCGAGGAUGACUCUGAGCACUCUGCCAAGUCUGACCCUGGGGAUGCAAGGAACAGUGGUGGCGGUGGUGAUGAUACUGAGGAGGGCCAAGGGAGGGAGUACAAUAGUGGGGGUGGAGGCUACUCCAUGGAGGGUGAGGCAUACCCGUUGGCCGACCUUCCCCUGGAGGUGAUCACUACAGUGGAGCCGACCAACUAUGCCUACCCAGUGCUGAAGAACAUGUCAAAUGGGGUGCUGACUCACCGAAACAUCUUCACUGAGGCAGAGCGCUCAGUGCUGGUGGGAAUCAUCAACAAGUACCGCAACAUUGUGGACACACGGAGCAGAACAAGAGAGAUUUACCUGGAGAAGCAAAAUGUGUGGCAGCAGAUCGUGGAGGAGUACAACAGCACAGAGAACAUCAUGGUACGCACGGAGAAGGAGCUACGCAAGUGCUGGGAUAAUAUGAAGUAUCGUGCCAAGCAGGCCGAGAAGGAAAUGUUCAAGACGGAGAUGAAGGCGGAGGACGAGGGUGAAUCGGGCAUCAAGAUGGAGCCGCCGGACCAGGAAACCUUCCACUUUGCCUCAGAUUAUGAGGCAGUGACUGAGGAUGUCUGGCAGUGUGGUGAACCUGCUGGGGAGGAAGAGAGAGAGCCAGCUCUCAAAAAGGCACGGCAGGAGUCCCCAAAACUGUCCAGCCUUCUGCUGGCUGCUGCACACAAGCGUUCUCCAGGAAAGAAAGCCAGCAAAAGUAGUAGUGGUUCAGCCAGCAAGAGUAGCAGCAGCAUCAAUAACAAUAGUAACAACUUCCCAUACAGCAUUCCGUCAUGCACUAAAGUCAUGCACGUGAAGAAAAAGGGACAGUCAGCUACUGCUUCCGUUAAUGUUUCGUCACAGGAAAUUCCUAUCCUACCCAAGGGUCUGGCCUCCUGCCUCUCCAUUACCAACAUACCUAACCCAUCAGGUGCACUGGGGAACUCCAGUCAGGAAUCUGCCUCCCCGGGUACCUCACCCGUCCAGGCUGCUCUCAAGCCCAUGCCCAGCCUCAAAAAGAUGGUGCCUUCCAAGCACCAGCACAGCACAGCCAAGGGCUCCAGCAUGCGCUCUAGCAGGAAGUCCAAUGGACUUUCCUCCAAGGCCAGGGGACACAGCACAGCUCCCGGCCCAGAGCAGCCAGCCUCCCCAGUGCUGGGUGAGGCAGAGAGUGAAGAGCGGCUGCUCAGCUCUCGGUUGGUGACGCAGCGCCUCCAGCUGGAACAGCGCGAGCAUGAGCUGCGGAUGCGACUGUUGGAGAAGGAGUUACAGGCGCACACCUUCCAGUGCCAGUAUUGGAACCUACGGCUGAAACUGCUGCGUUCAGGCCGGGAGGGUGGUGGCAGCGGUGGCGGUGGGGCCCUCAACCUCGCUGGUGCUACUAACGGUGAUAUUGAUUAGCUGGUGCUCUGAAGGGCCAGGGUCAAAACGACAGGUUGUGAGUUUGUGAUGAUUGGCUACUCUUUAAGACAGGGACCCGCAGUGGUUGUUUCUCGCUCUUCGGUACCUUUCUUCCUUCUCUCUGCUCUGGUUAUUUUAUGUAACUCCCAAGGUUGUUGGUCCCUCUUGGUGUUGUGUCACGUGGACCCCAAUGGUUGUGUGUUCAGGUACAACAUGUUUUACUAUCUCCUGUCUGGCGUGGGUCUUGGCCUCAACUGGGCUGCCUGGCCUGGUGCGUUCAAGUUUACCUAUUUUUACAGAGGCUAUUUUGUGGUUACUAUUUAAAGGUAAUAUGUAUAUGUAUAUACUAUAUAUAUAUUGCAAUGCAUAAUACUUGAUAAGGAGUCAGAUGCAUUCUAUUUUAAAAGAUUUUUAAGUCCUCAGACAUACAAAAAUGUUAUUUAUAUGUACACCAUUGAUGAAGACCAUUGCUGACUGUGUUAACAGUACAUUAUGAUUUAAGAUGUUGUAUAUGUGCUUCUUAAUUUAUUUUACAUAGAUUUUCUGCCUGAUGCAUAAUAGGAGUGUGUGUUUUGAAUUGUGAUUGAAGUUGGUUAUGGACUUCUGGGUUGGAUAAGAAAGUAUUAACCUGUGUCAUUAUUGCCAGAAUGCUGCUGGAUGCUUUGACAUCAGAUUUACACUGCAGUCUGUUAAUACUUUAGUAGAUAUUCACUGUAUUCCAUCUCCAUUUUUUUUUUCUGCUGACUUGCAGUGAUUAUCAUGAAAUUAAGGUCAUACUGAGAUUGCAGACACCUGUGGACUCUGCUAGAGCCACCAUGCAGUGUGCAGUAGAUGGCUGAAAGGAUCAAACCCAGUUGUGAGAGACUUGGUGGACUGGGGUAAAAGUUUGACUACAAUGAUCAAAAGUACGAGUACCUUGAAUUCUUUGAUGGUUUGCAGUCAGAUCUGCAUUUAUAAGUCAGUCAUUUCUAGGGAACAAGAUUAAGAACCUCUGGUGCAGGACGUGUAAAGGUAGUCUGUCAGUCUGGCAGUAAUGAUUUGUGAUGUUUAUAUUUACCAACAUAAUAGUACACUGAGUUGGUGGUAAGAGGCUAAUGUUUUAAACCUUGAUAAGGUGUUUUUCCUAAUAUGUAUUUAAUGUGGUACCAAGUUGUGGUAAGUUUUGUGAUUUGCUGACCUCAUGCCUAGUUUUGAGUUAGUUCCAUGAUUAAUGUUAAUUUUACAAUGCCUUUCAUUUACUUAUAUGUGUGGCCUGUGUGUGUCACGGGCCUUGAGAGCCUGCAGGGUGUCGUAUUGAGGGUGGUGCCGUGGGCUUCUGCAUCAUGUGGGGCCAUGCUGUUUACUUUGCUUUUCUUGACACAAAGUUUUAGUAUGAUGGAUAAUUUAGCAAUUUCCAGCCACAGGGUGAGUAGUGAAAGCUAACGGUGGAAUCAAGCCACCGCCGCCACGCCAGUCUUUGCACCGUGGAGUGCACUGUCUUGGCUUGCCCUGCCACCUCCUCCCUCAUUAGUGAGCUUGGUGUAAUUAUUAUCUCUCUCUCUCUCUCUCUCUCUCUCUCUCUCUCUCUCUCUCUCUCUCUCUCUCUCUCUCUCUCUCUCUCUCUCUCUCUCUCUCUCUCUCUCUCUCUCUCUCUCUCUCUCUCUCUCUCUGCACUAAUACUUGCCCGUAUUUACAUGUUGCCUUUUGUUGUGUCCCCCAGUGUAACGCUCACUUUUUGUGCUGUUUGUGCCACAGUAGCUUUUUUAUUUGUUUUUUUUUUAUUUAUUUAUUUUUUAUUUUUUUUCUGGGGCUGGGUUAGAUGGUGGCAGUUGAAGGUAGUAACAAAGGGAGACAGGGGUGGUUAUCUAGUCUGGGGCUCUGGGUUAGGUGGUAAGACAUUUCUGUAAUUCAGUGUUUUAUUAUUUAUUACUCUCAUGAGAAGGAACGUGCUACCCAGCAAGGCUUGUCAGUUUACCUUUCCCAGCUGGCGUACAUGCUGGCUGGCUGGUGGACUGUCAGUUUAUCCUGCUUCGUGAUCCCAUUUUUCAGGCCUAGUUAGUUCCUAUGAAUUGGUGCAGAUUGCCAGGUUGAUCUUAGGUCAAGUUGAUGUGGGUGUGUUUCUGAUUAAGGUUUGUGUGUUGCUCCCCCAAGAGUGUUGGUGCUCAUGAAAUCCAGGGUAUGAUAGUCACUCGCUUCCUUGGAGAUUCUUGUUAAACAUAUUGAUGGGUUGUCUUUCUUGAGUCAUUCUUCAUGUCUUAGGUUUGAAAGUUCUCAGCCAGCAGUUGUAAUCUUUUAUUGCAUACUAUUCACAUUAUUUUAUGAAACUUUGCUUUCAUUUGAAGAAUACAAUUUAAUUUUUGUUUUUGGAAGUGCACAUGGAAAUUUUUACAUGUGUUAGUGCUGCAUAGUACAUUGUAGAAAAUGUAGUAACUGCUGGAAGAGAUGAUGACACUAGAUAUAAUGGAAGGUAAUUGUAGAUUCUGUAGCAAUGAAGUUUUUAUCAUAAAAUUGCUUCAGUGGAGUAAGUCAGUGGUGACAAACCUCCUUCGGGUGAUGAGCCAUCUAUAAAACAGAAUUAACCAGCAUCAUUACUCCCCCACCAGUGCCUUGAUACCAGGGUCCAUGACAACUAUUAGCUGCUGUAGAAGUAAUGUUCAUCAUGUAGCAAAACCCUCAUGACAGCUUUCAUUGUCCAGUCAUCAAGGUCACAUACACAAGGCCAGCGUGUCUCAUGGAGGCUUUCUCUCAUCAAUGCAGAGUGCAGCUGUGGGACACAUUUUAGUUGUCAAUUGUAUAUGUGACUUGGCAUAAAUGGAAGUGAAAGUCUGUCUGAAAUGGGACUCAGUACAUGGUUUUGCUUGAUAGGAUGGAGGAUCAUCUUAAUAGAAGUACAAAAUUAAUAUAUGUUGCAUCAUGUACUUAGAUCAUUUUGUUUGUCAGGUCAUUCUUAUUUAUUCCUCCUGCAUAUGUAAGAUCUUUGCAGUAGAUUUGUGUGGAGUUUUAGUGUUUCUACAAGGUAUCUGACAAGGAACUAUGUACUGAAUAUGAUGGCAUAUUGAAUGCAAAUAUUUUUACCUGGAAACAAAUUAUAACAGUUCACCUUUCAACUGUGUACCUAUAAUGAUUAUUAUUUUCUAAAAAGUAUGUAAGAUAGGAAAUGUCUUACAUGUAUGCUAGCAAAUCCAGUACAUAGUGUUGUUUCCAGUGCCACUUGGAGCAGUUUACAUUUGUAAUGGACAGAGGAAUGAGUUGUCAUGCUUUGAGGCAGCCUGAGGAAGGUACUGUGGUGGGCAGGAGAAUACUUAACCCUCUGUGCCUAGUGACUCGGGUGCUCUUUGAACUACUGCCAGCAUGGGGCCGAGGCAGGAUAUGGCCGAGCAUUUCCAGAAAGAUGCUGUUACACUCCUAAGUCUAGUUUUAUAAUUGCUGCGUUGAUGUUUACAUUCUUAAUGCACAAACCAGUUCGUUGAGCUGUAAAUGUGCAAGAUUCCAUUCGUGUUGAAUUGAAGGAAUUGUUGUGAACAAUGUAAUAAAUCUUGGGAGAAGAAUGCGCCUCUCAUCUGAUAUUUUUUAAUUAGUUGAAUCACUCAAGCUGUACCCUUGGCAGACACUGACCUAUUUGCUGUGAAGGAAGCAUUGGUGGUACCUAUUGUGUCGCCUCAGGAGAGUCGCGUUCCUGCAGAAUAUCAAAAUAACACUGAACAAAAAUCAUAAAUAAAGAUGACUUAUACA